CAAAGGUAACAGGUUGCAGUCCCAUAACCAACUUAGCUGUCCGCGAAUUGUACAUAUCUAAUACUAGUUUCUGGCUAUUACGGUUGGUAAAUAGCUACCUAGUUUGUUUACAUUCAGGAGAAACUAUACAAAAAUACUGGAUACGCUGAAAAAGAAAAAGUACUACUUUGACCCAAGAAUAGCAGAAUGAGUACUCCAUCCUCCGGCCGCAAGACCCCUGUGGACUACGGUGUCCAGAUCCGCUUCAUCAAAGACCUCCAUGACUCCGGAGGGGGUGUCCCCGGCCCCCAGCCCAGGGCCAAGCCCCCCUCGGCCUCUAAGUACGGGGUGGCGGUCAGGGUGCAGGGCAUCGCCGGCCAGCCCUACGUGGUGCUGAAGGACGGGGGGGAGAAGGGAGACUCGUAUGGGGUGCAGCUGCGGACACACUGCCCCCCGGGGUACGGCAGCCUACCCCGGAGGAGGGAUGAGCUGGGGGGGCAGGGGGAGGGGGGAGGGGGGGCGCUGCGCCGGGCGCAGUCCCAUGGCUCCCUCCUGGAGAGGGAGGGGGGAGGAGGAGGUGGGGGAGGGGAGGGGGAAGGGGAGGAGCUUCGCAGGCCACCGGGAGACGGGAGGUCCGGUAGCUACGGCAACCUGGAUGGGGGGAUUGGGCUGGGGGGGGCGGGGGAGCAGGGGGGAGGGCUGGGGGGGGAUGUCCUGACGGGGGAGCAUCCGGCCGGUCUCAACGGGUCUCUGGGAGGGACGAGGGGGGGCCAGUCCUAUCCCUCCCCCCCUCCCUCAGCACCCCCCGCGGUCAACAGGCUGAUCACUCGCUUCGAUGGACAGAGGGGGCGCUCUCCCAUCAUCACCCACAGCCCCUCUCCCCCCUCCUCAGGGCAUAGCAGCCUGGGUAGAGGCCCAGGCCCCGCCUCCAAGACCACGGCCCUGCCGGCCAAUCAGUGGGCUUCGUCGAGCAGGAUUGCAACCGUGGAGACGCUGCCGGCUAAUCAGAGAGAGACACAGGUGACCCCUGACCUUUUGCUGGACCAGGGUCAGAGUGCGGAGGUUACCGGAGAGGAGGAGCAGAUCAUGCAGACUAUCUACGCCAUCCUGAGACACGGGUCCAGUGACAGUGACUCAGCUAUCAAGCACAAAGUCCGAGUCAUCUACCACAAGAUACAAGCUCUCAAGCCCAGGGAGGACUCCAGUGCUGAGUGGAUGAGGGACAGGAGGGAGCUGGAGAGGAGACUGUCUGAGAUGGAGACAUCACUGAGAGAGGAGCGGAGGGGUUCUCCAGGCAGGUCUGACCUGGCUCUGAAGGCGGAGCUGGAGGCGUGUCUGGAUGACAACCUGCAGCUGCAGGAGAGUCUGGACCAGAACAAGGCUGAGCUACACCACACACACACCGAGCUGGCUCAGCUGCGUAUGGAGAGAGAGAAGGCAGAGGCCCGGGGGAGAGACCUGGAGGACCAGCUGGCAGAGCUGCAGGACGAGCUGAGGAGAGACAGCACUAAGAUGCAGCUGGAGGCGUGCCGGGUGGAGCUGGUGGAGGUGUGUGAGCAGAGGGGGCGUGUGGAGGAGACCCUGCGUCAGAGGGAGAGGGCGCUGGCUGCCCUGAAGGGGGCGCUGCAGGAUGAGGUGACCUCACACGACCGGGAGCUGGAGGCACUGAGGGAGCAGUACAGCACCGACAUGGAGAAGCUGAGGACCAGCAUGGAGCAGGUGUCCCAGUCCCAGGUGGUGAUCGAGGCUGAGCGUGUGCGUGUGAACGCCUCCGUACGCUCCCUGCAGCAGCAGCUGGAGGACUGCAGAGACGAGAGCAGCCACUGGAUGGAGCAGUUCCACUCUGCCAGGGAUGACCUCCGCUCCACCAAACAGCAGCUGCUACAGACCCGUCUGGAGAAGGAGGACUUUGAGGAGGAGCUGAAGGAGCAGCAGGAAAGAAUGACCAUCAUGAAGCAGCAGAUCCCUGAUGCCAGACACACACAAGCACUCACCACGUGCCAAGAUGAUCUUCAGAGUUGCCAUGCCGACCUGAAGAGAGUCCAACUGGAGGUUGAGAAGUGCAGGUCAGAACACGACAAGAAGGUCAUGGAGGUCAUAUCCCAGAAGAAGGCUCACCAGGAGCAGGAGGCGGAGCUGAGGUACGAGAUAGACAGGCUCAAGGUCCAAUCACAGAGGGCCAAAGAGGAUCUGGUCAAGGCCCAGGAGACGAACAAACAGCUCCCUGCCCCAGCCCUCCUGUCUGCCCUGGAGGAGCAGCUGGGGGAGGCACGUGGGGAGGCGGGCCUUCUGAAGGAGAAGCUUUCAUUGGCUGAGCAGGAUCUGGAGUUGAGCACAGAGCGCCUGGUGCGCGUCCAGGCAGAAGUAAACGCUCUCAGAGACACUCAGCUGGAGCAGGAAGAAACUAACACACGGCUCAGAGACAAGAUCUCACGUCUGGAGGCCCAGCUGCAGACCACCAAUACAGAGAGCUCGGAGGCAGAGCAGGUCCUCCAGGGGCAGGUGAGGCAGGGGAGGCUGGAGCUGGACGAGGCCAGGAGGGGAGCCUCCUGGCUGGGUCAGGAGCAGAGGGAGCUCAGCCUGCGUCUGGAGGAGACGGAGCGAGAGAGAGACUCACUCACACUCAGCAACACCCAGCUGGAGGAGGCCAGGAGGCAGCAGGAGAAAGCCCUGGAGAAACUCAACAAGGAGUAUGACAGUGUGUGCUCCUCCUCCAAAGAGGAGGUGCAGGCUCUCAGGGCUCAGCUGGAGGAGCAGAGAGAGAGGACUCGCCGGGAGACACAGGAGGCGCAGCGCCAUGGCAACGACACCCAGACUGAGCUGGAGAGGAGUCAGAGCACCCUGAGGAGACUGGAGGAGGAGGUGUCCCGGCUGAAGAAGGAGCAGCUCCUGGUAUGUGAGGAGAGGGACAACUCCCACCUGGACAAGGAGCUGCUCACCAACCGCCUGCGCCACCUGGAGGCAGAGCAGGAGAACAGCAGGAGCAGCCAAGCUGAGAAGGCCAGGGAACUGCGCCUGGCGGAGGACAAGCUAAAGCGUGUGGAUCUGGAGCUGGAGGAGGAGAGGGGCACUGUGGAGCUGCUCACAGACCGCAUCAGCAGGAGCAGAGACCAGAUUGAUCAGCUGAGAGCUGAGCUCAUGCAGGAGAGAUCCUCCAAACAGGACCUGGAGCUGGACAAGAACGCCCUGGAGAGACAUAUGAAGGAGCUGAGAACUCGUGUAGCAGACAUGGAGGGUCAGUCUCGCUCCUCAACCGGUCUCUCCCAGCUGGAGGCUAAGAUCCACGAGCUGGAGGAGAGACUACAUGCUGAAGACAGAGAGAAGAACUCCUUGUUGGCCUCACAGCGUCGCCUAGAGAGGAAGCUGAAAGACCUCAACAUGACCUUGGAUGAGGAGAGACACCAAGCCUCUGAACAGAGAGACCAGCUGUCCCUGCGUGUCAAGGCUCUGAAGAGGCAGGUGGAUGAGGGGGAGACGGAGGUGGAGAGGGUGGACGUCCUGAGGAGGAAGACCCAGAGAGAGAUGGAGGAACAGGUGGAGCUGAAGGAGGCUCUGCAAGCCAGAGUCUCCGCACUGGAGACCGAACUCAAGAGGAAGACCCAGCAGCGGCAGGUGCUGGACUCUUCGGCCCUGAGCUCUGAGGAGGAGGAUGAAGACCUGUACGACCCCAGUAGCAUCAGCUCCAUCCUCACAGAGAGCCACCUACAGACCAGCUCCUGUUAGGGGGGGGCGGGGGUGAGGG